AUGGAUCUACCCACUCCCAACCCCGAGAUAGCGUUCAUCUCCGGCCCUAUCAGUACGGACCCGCAAGAGAACUACCUUCCCCUCCAUUAUGCCCCGACACUCGAUCAAGCUGUCCAACGAGGCGACCAUUUCGUCAUUGGCCCCAUCCCCAGCGGCGUGGAUGCAGAAGCCCUUGCUUAUCUCCUCGCCUGGCCCAUUUCGCCAGACCGCAUCACCAUCUUCAUGACUCCCGCCGAAGAUGGGAUGUGGGGCACCAAAUUUCGCGGAUUCGGGGUGAAGGUUCACGUUGUGGAGGGUCAAAUGCCACGGGAACGAGAUGCGGAGUUAACUAAAGCGAGUACAUAUGAUAUCUGCCGCGUACGCACCAAGAAAGAAGCAAAGGCAUUCUACGGGAAGUCAUGGCGCGAUGGGUUCGUGACCAAUACCGAGCGGAACUGGAAACGGCGGCGAGGAAUUGACGAGGAUGUGGUGAUUGAACCAGAGGAGAUUAAUCGUUCUUUGGAAUUUGAUGAUACGCGGUCCUCUCUAAACGAUGCCAAGACACGAAUGGGUGUUCUAAGUCGAUGGGUGGAGAUUCUACGUCGACAUCAUUAA